AUGAAUCCAGAUUCUAUGAAGUUAUACACGUAUUUCCCAUAUAAAUACGAAAAUGUCCACCAACCAAACUUGGAAAUACAUUAUCUUAAUGAAUGUUUGGAUAAUAAAAGAAACAUUUUCCCGAGUAAAAUUCCAAAAUUGUGGAGAAACACCACGUUAAACUUAGGGUACAUAGAAAUACCCCCGUAUGUAGAAGUAGUGGACAAUAAAGAAAUAAACGGUUUUGAAGUUUACGUAUAUAAAGCCCUACAAAGCAUUCUUAAAUUCAAGAUUACCUACAAAGAAAAGCACACACAAUAUGGUUAUCAGCUGGAAAAACACUUGCUCAACACUGGAGCUCUAAAAUCUAUAAACGACAAAACUAUCGAUAGCGCCAUAGGUUUGUUCCAAGGUAAAUCUUUUCCUUACAAUGAUUUCGACAUGACUUUUUCUUUUUGCGAGGAGUAUGUUUCAUGGGUUGCUCCUAGGGAAUACAAGAGGACUUCUUUUAAAAGAAUAACCAAUAUUUUCGAUAAAACAAUAUGGUUUUCAUAUCUAACAUAUUUUGCAUGUAUUUCUGUUUUCCUCUACGUAAACUCUAUGGUUUUAGGGUUCAGAAAAGACCUUGUUAAAUGUGUUAUGCAAUCUUUGAGUAUAGCUCUGUCUACCUCAAGUAAAACUGUUGAUUUUUGGAGUACUAGAUUGGCAACUCAAACCUUUAGAUUUAUUGUUAUAAUUGUUUAUGCUUUAUUCACUAGCAAACUCAUACUACUACAAACGGAAGAUGGCAAUGUAGAAGAUCUAUCGAAUUUUAAAGACAUAAUAUCCUCCAAAUACUACAUAGGCCUAACGAAAGGCCUGGAAGAAAUAUUCGAGGGAUAUCACGAGGAAAACGAAAAAUAUAUCUACGAAAACCACAUAAUCUGCCGAAACCUCAUAGAGUGCCUCAACAAAACAGCCUUUGACAAAACCGUAGUAACUGCUUCACCCCAAUGGGUAACAGACUACACCUUACCGAUAUACUACAUCAACCAAGACGGGAAAUCUUUAAUUUACAUUAACAAGAAAAAAUAUUUCUGGAUGAUUCUGGUAAACUGGUAUUUCACCAAAGGGUUUCCGAUGUUCCUCCGUAUAAAUCAACUUUUGUACAGGCUGAAAUCCGUAGGGAUUAUCUAUAGAUACUACUCGUUGACUUAUAAUAUUAUAGAUGUAUUAAAUCAGUUGUCGAUGGCGAGAUUCAGUUUGAUUUAUACGAAACCUUUGAAUUUGACGCAUUUUGAGGGCGCUGUUACUAUUUUGACAUUUGGUUGGACUCUGAGUUUGAUUGUUUUUGUGAUGGAGGUAGGUUUGAAAUAUAUUAAAAAUAAAUUAUGUCUAAAAUAG